AAUCGAACUCGUGCCCGUGAGUUCAUAGCGUUGCGCGCUAACCGUUACAGACACAGACAGACACACACAGACACACACACAGACACACACACAGACACACACAGACACACACAGACAGUGCGAUGGUGGGGUUGGACUUCGACGUGCGCACCUACUGCUGCAACCUCCGCGCCACCAAGCCCCCCUACGAAUGCCCCGUGUCCUCGUGCCGCAAGAUCUACAAGUCCUACAGCGGCAUCGAGUACCACCUCUUCCACUACGAGCAUGGGGACGGCGCGGGGGCGCCCACGCCGGCGCGCAAGCCCCGGGGCCGCAAGGGCCGCGGCGGCGGUGGGACCUCCAGGGCUCCGUCCCCGGGGGCCACGGGCGGCGGCGGCGGCGGCGCCGCUCGCUCUCCGGGGCGCGACGCCCUCACCUACGCGCAGGCGCAGCGCCUGGUGGAGGUCGACCUGGACGGCCGGGUCAUCCGCAUCAGCAUCUUCGACUCCAUCGAGAUCGUGGACGAGGACGAGGAUGAGACGGCGCCGCAGCCGGAGGAGAAGGAGGCGGCGGUGGCGGCCGCCGGAGGGGACGAGCGGCGACAGCGCAACCAGAACAACGGCACCGGCGGCCAGGAGAACGGCGACAGCAAGAACGGCGUCGCCGGCAUCAAGGAGGAGGAGGAGGCCACCGAAGGAGCAGGAGGCGGAGGAGGAGGAGGCGCGCAAAGGGAGGUGAAACACGAGCGCACGAGACACAAGGAUGGGGGAGCCGCGGAGACUGGCGCCGGCAACAAAGAGAACGCCGACGGAACGGCGCAGCAGCAUCAGCAGCAACCCAAGAGCGGUCGGCACAAGCACAAGGAACGCAGGAGGGACGGAGGAGGAGGGGGCGACGGGGGUCCGGGCGCCGGCGGAGGAGGCGCGUGGACGUCGGCCCACCAGGGAGCGGUGGCCACCCCCGGCCAGGCCGCUCCCGGGGCUCCCGCGGGGCCGGGGUCUGGCUCGGGGUCCGGCUCUGGGGGAGCGGCCCCCUCCGGUGUGGCGUGCGCGCCGGCGGGGGGCCCGGCCGCGUGCAAGAUCCCGGAGGCGAUGUUCCGCGUGAUCGAGUACGACGCGCCGGUGGCCCCCGCGCGCCCCAGCGCCUACUACAGAUACAUCGAGAAGUCCAGCGAAGAGCUCGACGAGGAGGUGGAGUACCACAUGGACGAGGAGGACUACGCGUGGCUGGAGAUGAUGAACGAGCGGCGGCACGGCGAGGGCCUGCCACCCGUCACCCAGGAGUCCUUCGAGCUGCUCAUGGAUCGCCUGGAGAAGGAGUCAUGCUUCGAGAGCCGCGCCAAGCCCCUGGGCGGCAUCCAAGGCGACACGGCGGGGGCCGGCGGAGGGGCCAACUCUACCGACCCCUCUGGGGCAUCGGUGCCGCUGCCCCCGCCGGACGAGGACGCCCUCUGCUGCAUCUGCAACGACGGCGAGUGCCAGAAUAGCAACGUGAUCCUCUUCUGCGACAUGUGCAACCUGGCGGUGCACCAGGAGUGCUACGGGGUGCCCUACAUCCCCGAGGGCCAGUGGCUGUGCCGCCGCUGCCUGCAGUCGCCCUCGCGGGCCGUGGACUGCGCGCUGUGCCCCAACAAGGGCGGCGCCUUCAAGCAGACGGACGACGGGCGCUGGGCGCACGUGGUGUGCGCCCUGUGGAUCCCCGAGGUGUGCUUCGCCAACACCGUCUUCCUGGAGCCCAUCGACAGCAUCGAGCACAUCCCGCCGGCGCGCUGGAAGCUCACCUGCUACGUGUGCAAGCAGCGCGGCUCGGGCGCCUGCAUCCAGUGCCACAAGGCCAACUGCUACACGGCCUUCCACGUGACGUGCGCCCAGCAGGCGGGCCUCUACAUGAAGAUGGAGCCCGUGCGCGAGACGGGCGCCAACGGGACGUCCUUCAGCGUCCGCAAGACGGCGUACUGCGACAUUCACACGCCGCCCGGCAGUGUGCGGCGGCCCCUGCUGCUGACAGGCAGCGAGAGCGACGGUGAGGACGGGGAGGGCGGCGCGGCCGGAGGCUGCACCCCGGGCUGGUCGGCCAAGAAAGCCAAGGCCAAGUCGAAGCAGAAGAUGAAGAAGGCGCGGAAGAUCCUGGCGGAGCGGCGCGCCGCUGUGCCCAUCGUGUCCGUGCCGUGCAUUCCUCCCCACAGGCUGAGCAAGAUCAUUAGCCGCGUGUCCAUGCAGCGCAAGAGCCAGUUCAUGCAGCGCAUGCACAGCUACUGGACGCUCAAGCGGCAGUCCCGCAAUGGCGUGCCCCUUCUGCGGAGGCUGCAGUCCCACCUGCAGUCGCAGCGAUCCAUGGAGCAGCGCGAGCACCUGGGAGAGAAGAGCCACGCACUGAAGGAGCAGCUCAAGUCGUGGCAGCGUCUGCGCCACGACCUGGAGCGGGCGCGCCUGCUCGUCGAGCUCAUCCGCAAGCGCGAGAAGCUCAAGCGCGAGCAGAUCCGAGCGCAGGAGGCCGUGAUGGAGGCGCGGCUAAUCCCGUUCGUCAUCUUCCUACGCCGGACCCUGGAGCUGCUGCAGGAGCGAGACACGGGCAGCAUCUUCUCGGAGCCCGUGUGCCUCGAGGAGGUGUCGGACUACCUGGACCACAUCAAAACCCCCAUGGACUUCUCCACGAUGCGGCAGCGCGUGGACUCGCACGAGUACCGCAGCAUGGACACCUUCGCCAGCGACUUCCAACUCAUCGUCAACAACUGCAUGCAGUACAACGCCAAGGACACGAUUUUUUACCGCGCGGCCGUGCGGCUCAGGGACCAGGGCGCCGUGAUCCUGCGGCAAGCGCGAGCGGCAGCGGAGCGGAUCGGCUUCAACUACGAGAGCGGCAUGCACCUCCCCACGGCGCCAGCCGCUCCGCUCGCCCACGACCUCGUGGCGUCGAGGCGGGGAAGCAAGACCGGCCGCGGUGACCGCUCCCUCCACCGGGGGGGCCCGGCGCAGAGCGAGCGACACGGCGCUGCCGGUGGCGCCGCGCUGAAGCGGCGCCCGGGACGGGCGGAGGGGCCGCGGGUUCCCCGGUGCGGGGGGGGUGCCCCUCCUCCCACGACCCUCUCGGGGGGGACUCGCCGGGGCUCGGCCCGCUCGGCCUCCUCCUCUUCCUCCUCCUCGUCCUCCUCCUCGUCGUCCACCUCUUCGCCGUCGUCUUCGUCCUCCGAAGACGAGGGCGGCGGCGGCGUCGGUGCGGAGGGGCUGGAGAGAGGCAGCGGGGGCAAGGGUCGAGCAGCAGCGCCGGGGCCACGGGGCCAGGGACCGCGGGGUCACGGCGGGGAGCGGGGUCACGGAGGGGAACGGGGUCGCGCCGGGGGCGGGGGUCGCGGGAGGGGUCGGGGUCGCGCCGGACGCCACGGUGGCAAGAGGCGGCUCGCCGACGGCGAUGCCGGGUCCGCGGCGGCGGCAGCUGCAGCCUCCGUGGGCGACGGGGGCGAGCGCGUGGGCGGAGCCUCGCGGGGGCUGCUGCUAGGGGACGACGAUGGGGGGGGCUCCCCGCUGGGGCCGGCGUCCCUCGGGGGGGGCUCGGCGUCGCCGGGAGGCGGCGGCUGCGGCGGCGGCGGCGGCGGCGCCGGCGGCGGAGGAGGAGGAAGUGGAGGCCGCGCGUCCGACGUGGGACGCCGAACCUUCGUGCUCUUCAGCAAGAAGAGCAAGCCCUUCCCCCUGCAGCAGCAGCAGCAGCACCAGCAGCAGCAGCAGCGCCGGCCUGGACGUCCCCCCAAGCACCGUGAGUCCAGCGGAGCGGCGGGGCCGCCGGCGGGUCCCGGACCGGGCCAGGCCUCGUCCUCGUCGUCCACCUCGUCCGUGGGCGGCCCGGGAGGGCCGGGGUGCGUUCCCGCGGGCGCCGGCGCCGCGGCCGCGGUCUCCGCGCCGCCGGGCUCCGCGCCGCCGGGCCCUCGGAAGCGCCCUCGCAGCAGCUCCAGCUCGGAGAGCGACAGCGACGGGUCAUCGUGCCGCCUCUCGCACGCCGGCGCAGACGAGGGCUUCGAGUGCAUUGCCCAGGACGCCAACACGCAGAGCUUCCUGAUCUACCGGCACAAGCAGAGCAGCUCCGACUCGGAGUCCACAACCAGCUCCUCCAGCAGCGCCGCCACCGACAACACGAGCGCGUCCCCAGACAAGCAGAGCCGAGGCAAGGCCAGCUUCUCUCGGGUGAACUUCACCGAGGACAGCAGCGACGAGACCUCGGGCUCCGACAACGAGACAGCCGGGGGCGCCGGCGGCGGCGGCGACUCUGGUGGCAAGGGGCUGCCGUGCGCCAGCUGGGACUACGACGAUGAUGACGACGACGACACCCCACUGGAGGCGCUUGACCUCGUGUGGGCCAAGUGCCGUGGCUAUCCCUCGUACCCGGCACUGAUCAUCGACCCCAAGAUGCCGCGUGAAGGCUUCCUGCACAACGGCGUGCCCAUCCCCGUGCCGCCCCUCGACGUGCUCAAGCUGGGCGAGACGCGCAUCAUGGAGGCCACGGAGCCCCUCUUCCUUGUCCUCUUCUUUGACAACAAGCGCACCUGGCAGUGGCUGCCCCGCUCCAAGCUGGUGGCCCUGGGCGUGGAGCAGGCCAUCGACAAGGCCAAGAUGCUGGAGGGACGCAAAUCCAACAUCCGCAAGUCGGUGCAUGUGGCGUACGAGCGCGCCAUGUUGCACCGCAGUAAGGUGACGCGGGGCGACCCCACGUCCGACUCCAGCGACUCCGACUGACGCCCGACCCCCCCCCACCACCCACCCACCGCGUCUCCCUCUGCGGAUGUCGUCAGGGGGGGGGACGGGGCGACGGAGGAGAAGCGGCGGCGGCGACGUUUGCACCUCCUCCUCCGCCGGCGGCAGCGGCGACGACGCUCGAGCGACCGUAACGGGACGAAAGCCUUUGGGGGUUUCUUUUCCACCCCGAUAUGCAAAAUGUCUCGGAAGUGCCCGCAUGCAACUCCACGUGCGGUGGAGGUGGCGGGCCGGGUCGGGGGGGCUGGGGGGCGACGUCGAUGAAAGGAUUCGGGGGCUGCGGAGGUGCCCCCCCGCCCCCGCCACCGUGUGUGCAUGUGAGCACCCGCGAGGAACGAGAGAGCGGAUGAAGCGACCGCAUCCCCCGGAGCGGCGGUGAAACCCGAGCCGGCGAGGCCCGGAGGGGAGCGGGGUGGACGCCGGGGUGGAGAGCCGCCGGCGCCGGAGCGGCCGCGCCCGGCGUGCAGCCGAGUGAAAUCGUGGAACGGGGCCCGGCGGUCGAGCGGCCGUGGAGCGAGGCCGCCUGCGUAGGCUGUCGCGGCGACGACGGUGGCGCGGGGCAAACGUCGCUCCGACGGAGGGGCGGCGGCGGCGGCGAGUCGAGAACAGGGUAGCCGGGGGAUCGAGGGCGCGGACGGAGGCCGUCGCGGUCGGGACGGUGACGGGGGACGGGGAGCCGACGGGAGAGAAGCGGCCGGACUGAGCGGGCUGCGGCGGGCGUGGGCGGUUUGCCCGAGGCCGGAGUGGACGCGGGCGGCCGUGGCCGCAGGGCCCCCUUCCUGCGAGGCGGGAGCAGGGGGGCCGCUGGCCCCGUCUCGGACGGGACGCUCGUCGCGUGCGUCGCCCCGUUGGUGUUGCGUUUCGUUUCCUGGCUGUGGCGUCGCGAGGGGGCCCCCAGCGGUGGCCGCUCCGCACCGACCGGUCCUCGUGGUUCCGUCCCCACGACGCGGACUUCAAUAAAUCGUGCUCCUCGAUGGUGCAGCCUCUUGCGGUUUCUUGCCGGUUCACUACUGCGGGUUCAUGCGGUUCACUCCUGCGGGUUCAUGCGGUUCACUACUGCGGGUUCACGUGAUUCAAUCCUGCGGGUUCAUGCGGUACACUCUUGCGGAUUCCUGCUGGUUCAUGUGGUUCACUCCUGCGGUUUCAAGUGGUUCACUCCUGCGGGUUCAUGUGGUUCACUCCUGUUGGUGCAUGUGGUUCACUCCUGUUGGUGCAUGUGGUUCACUCCUGUUGGUGCAUGUGGUUCACUCCUGCUGGUUCAUGCGGUUCACUCUUGCUGGUGCAUGUGGUUCACUCCUGCUGGUUUGUGGUUCACUCUUGCUGGUUCAUGUGGUUCACUCCUGCGGUUUCAAGCGGUUCACUCCUGCUGGUUCAUGUGGUUCACUCCUGCUGGUUCAUGUGGUUCACUGCUGUUGGUGCAUGCGGUUUACUCCUGCUGGUUCAUGUGGUUCACUCCUGCUGGUUCAUGUGGUUCACUCCUGUUGGUGCAUGCGGUUCACUCCUGCUGGUUCAUGUGGUUCACUCCUGUUGGUGCAUGCGGUUCACUCCUGCGAUUUCAAGCGGUUCACUCCUGCUGGUUCUUGCCUGUUCACUCCUGCUGGUUCAUGCGGUUCACUCCUGCUGGUGCAUAUGGUUCACUCCUGCGGGUUCAUGCGGUUCACUCCUGCGGGCUUCUCUGGGGGCUCGUGGAGCCACACGAAGGCACACCACCGGCACGGUGCAGAGUGCAGGAGGCUCAGCGGGAGGUUUCGGUGCCCAACCCACGCUGCUGUUGAACAUUUCGUCCGAACUCACGAGUGUGUGUGGAGACGUCUGUUCUCAGGGCAGUUCUUUAUCUGCGCUGCGUUCACCUGCGCUUCAUUGAACUGUGAAUGUCCCUCGCCUCCGCUGCAACCGGAAUCCACUGCUUGCAGCACGUGACUUGGGCUAAGCCAGGGUCGAGCCUGGCGAGUGUUGAGGCGGGGGAGGAGGCUGCGUGGCGAUGCCAAGGGCUUGGUGGCCGCCAUGUCGCCAGGAAUUCUCAAUCUAGGGAUGCACACCUGUCAAUCCCUUAUCGGUGACUACUUUGUUACAGGCCAAUUCACACCUUAGACAUCUCAACGUUCAUCCUACAAAGUCCCGUCACAAGGGAGAAAGACAAACAAAUAGACAACAAAAAUAGAUAUAUACUGUAUAUUUUUGCCCGUAUUCAAAUGGCUAUAAGCAGUAUGGAGCUGAAAAAUGUUAUUUCCCUGUACAAGAAUACGGGUAAACCGUAUGGGUUGACGGAUAUGAGAAUGGAUUCUUGAAUCCAUCCCUUGUGCGGUGCUCAUGACUCGAAUAUGUCAAAGCCAGGCUGUACGUUUUUAUUUUAUUUUAAUGUACCAAGUAAGGCCUCACCCACCACUGAGUUGCAACGGAGUCGCCCUCCUUCAGAAGCCAACCCUGGCCGUCACCAAUUGGCAGCAGCUCAACGAUAGUGGCGGCUCGCCGUCGCCGCCUCUGCCGCAGUGUAAACGUCCCCCGGUGUUGUGGCGUUCCCACCCCGUGACCCUGCGGGACAUCUGUGGAAAAGAGCUUUGUAGCUCAUCGGAUUCCUUCCGCACCAUGAAUAAUGAUUCUGAAGCAACGCGUCUCGGGACCCCGUGACGCUUUCCUCUGGGAUUGAUUGAAGAGCAUUGCGAUUCCCUUUCCACACGCAGUGACCAGCGCGGUGAAGUAUGGUCAAAACAACCCGGGACAGCUGACUCUCCGUCCGGAGGCCGCUAUCUACGUUGUUUAUUUUUAAUUGCACAUUGUCGAUAUUUAAACAAUUCAUAUUCAUAAUGUAAUGACCAGUGAAACGUCACGGUAGCCGAAUUGUAAACGUGGAUUUUAAAAUCUUGAUUUGAAGCUUUCGUGACUGCAGGAAUCCAUACUCUUUGGUUCUUUCGGUAAAGUCACGGGCACAACGCAACACAGGCGUCCAUCAUCACGUGACUUGGGCUAAGCCCAAGUGAUGAUGGACGCCUGUGUUGCGCCCGAAACGUCGUGAUUUCUUUUAUUUUAUACCAACGUGACUUUACCGAAAGAAACAAAGUGUGGAUUUUACAGUUGAUCCACGAUUAUCCGGCUUCCAACAUUAUUUGGCGAUCGCGGGCCGAUCCGGAAAAACUGGUCCAAAGACUGCCGUAACGAGUGCGGCUAUCGGCAUCGCGUGCGUGACAAAAAAAAGUUGGUAUGCUUGAUUUCAGUGUUAAAUAUUACAUACGGUACAUUAUGCACUACAUACAACCUAACAAUACAAAAAAUACUGCACUGUAUACAUCACUCCGUCAUGCAGUCUUCGAGAUUGGAGUGGUAAGUUACCGUACAGUAAAUAGUCACUUUUUACAGGA